UCGUUUAAAUUACUUGGGUUCUUUUAAUAUAACCCAUGUUGUUUAGACAUGGCGGCUCGGUCGAGCAAGUGAACGACUUGCGACGGAACGUCUUGAAGUAUCUGCAAUGGAUGGUGACAUUCACAAAUCUGGUCUUUAUAAAUGGAAAAGGCAAACCCCAAAGUCCUCUUCAAGAGUGUAUUCUCGCUCACAGAACUGCAAAACCCAGAAUGACAUUCAGGACUGGAUAAAAAAAGUGGAGCAAGCCUCAGAUAUAGCAACAGAGACUGUCUUUGGACUGAACCAUUACUCUGGAAGGGAGAGAGGGAAGUAUGCCGCUCAGCAAACAAGACAACAUGUGCAAGAACAUGAUUCAGCUCUGACUGAAGCUCAAGAGUUGCUAAGCGACUGGAUGCAACAGAAACUUCAUGUGGAUGAUGGUGAUGGUGAUGAUGAUAAUAACGACCCUUGGCAUCAGAGGGCAGUGCAGGCAGAGGUCAAGAGGGAAUGGGAUCAUCUCCUUGACAACAGUGUCAAUGACUGGCAGCUGGAGGUCACACCAAGGUCAAGGGUCAAAAUACCAAAUAGAGACCCCUACUCCACCCUGAACUACUCUGAUGACGAGGAUGCUGUGGGGAUGAUCCUGAGCAACAUGAUGCAGAAACCGGUGGUGAGGGAGGACUUCCUUAACGACCUUGGCCUUGAGGAGGGGAAGAAGAAGAAGCACGAUCCUAGGAUAAAGAUGGAACUCCGACACAAACAGGUUAAGGAAAACCGUGAAAAGAGAGAGCGUGAACUGGAGCAGAAGCGAAGAGAACAGCAGGAGAGAAAGGAUUCAUUCCAUAAGGCCAAGCAGAUGGUUAUCCAGGAGGAGCGAGACCGGGAUCUGAAGGCGAGGAGAGAGGAGCAGGAGCUGAAGAAGGUGAUGGGUCGCAUCAGGAAGGAGAUGCAGGAGGAGAGUCACAAGCAGCAGGAGCAGAGAGACAGAGAGCGACGAGCACGUGAGAAGCUGGACCAGGAAGCGAGGGAGGAGCUGAGCAGACAGACAGAGCAGGAACGACUUCAGCAACAGCAGCAGCAGCAGGCCAAGAAAGAGCACCAACGGAAGAUGUACGACAGAGUCCACAAGUUCCAGAUUAAACAGUCGGGUAAAAACCUUAAGUGCCUGCAGCGCCACUUCUCAGCCUGGUACAAGGUGGUGCUGGACCGACGUCUGCAGACUGGGAAGGCAAGGGCCCUGGCAGACUGGAAGCUGCUGCUCCGAGUCUGGAACGCCUGGCGGUCAUACUCUCGCACGCGACGCCUGGAUGUCGAGACAAGGCAAUAUGAACAGACGGUGCUGGAUAUGCAUAGGAAGCAGCAGUUGGCAGAGCAGCAUCACCGCUACGUCUUGCUGCGCCGCUGCCUGACAGCAUGGCAGACCUAUAUGCAGGCCGAGAGGGACCGAUACCAUCUCCUGGAGGAGCAGAACAACACGCGUAGCAAGAUGAUGGCGCUGCUGGACGCCGCGGCAACCGGCAAGUUGUGGAGUGAGAGAGAAGAGGAGGACAGCAGGAAGAAUGCUGGGGAUUCAGGGAGGAAGAAAGAUGGUGGUGGCAACUCAGCAAUGGUGGUGGAGGAUCUGGAGGACUUCUUCGAACAACCGACCCGAGACCAACAAGGUUCUACACAAGCUGGCCCUGCAUCCACCAGAAGUGACUCUUCACUGACCAGUACCAAGUCUCGCCCGAACAGGCUACCCACCCAAGCAUGGCAGGUGACAAGACGUCAUGUCAACCUGACAAAUGAAGAGAUUGCCUCUCUAGCUGGUGGGGACAUGGAGCAGAACUCACAACAUACUGACACCAAAAUUAGACGUCGGUUUGGCAAACAGCCAUGGAUGAAUACACAUUUUGUUGUAAAUAAUUUUGAACAUCGAUACACAUCUCAGCAAAAGAUGUUGCAUGAUCAACAUAAGCAGCUAAGGGAACAACAUCGCAUGAUUGAAGAGUUGCAGUUCAAGCAGAAACAACAGUUGCAUCUAGAGGAGGUUGCCAGGCAACAACUGAUACAACAGCUUCUUACUAAGCAAGGGUUAUCUCCCAUGUGUGACCAGCCAACUGGGACUGGACUGCAGCUAAUGAAUAAUUUGUCUGAGAAUAGCCAACCACAGACAGAUGUGUCUCAGCAGCAAAAUAAUGUUACCAAGGAGAAGGCUACAAAUGUUGUCAUGGAAACUGCCAGAACUGAUUCCACAGGACACACUACUGUAACGGCCAGGACUGGUGUGAGCGGUCUCAAGUCUGACCGGACAUCCACGUCGAACACGACCACCAACACCAAGUAUCUCCAAGUGCUCAAAAACAUGGAGGACCGGGCAGAAGAGAGGAAGAAGCUGAAGGCUGACAGAGAAGCCAAGAGGAAGAAGGAGGAGGAGGACAGACUGGCACUGCUGGAGGCCCAGGAGGAGGAGAUGAGAAAGCAAGCUGAGGAAGAGAAAAAGGCACGUGCUGCAGCCUUCCGGGAGAAGAAGAGGAUGGAGAAGCAGCGUGAGGUGGAGAAGCAGCACCAGCUGGAGAAGAUAAAGGAGCUGACACAAGUGGCCGAGGCUCACUACACCCGGUCCAUCAUGAAGUACCGCGGCAUCAGGCCGCUUCAGAAGCUGGUGCUCAUGGCCCACCGGAACCAGCAGCAGGCUGUCACUCACCACAAGGAACACCUCUUGAGGAAGGUGCUGGUGUCAUGGAGGGAACACACAUCAGCUGUAAUGGAGGAAAAGCAUCAGCUGGCAGAUGAGAUGAACAGCUUCCUUGCUGUCAAAAGAUGCUUCACUCGAUGGAAAUUGUACAAGCACCACCUGGUGAUAGAGAUGGAGAAAGCGAGGAGGUUCCGAGAGAGAAGGAUGCUGCACACCAUCAUGGACGCCUGGGCUGACUACGCUGCUGAGGAGAAGUUUGCCACCUGGGACCGAGAGAGAGUAGCCAAAGAACAUCACAUCUGGAGCCUGAAGAAGAAGAUGUUUAAGGUAUGGCACAGUCUGCCUGAGGAGAGGCGGAAGGAACUAGACCGAGAGAAGAGAAGAAAUGAGAUGAGGAAGAAAGUAUCUCAUCUUCUUCCUGACUUUGAGGGUCUGUUGAAGGCCAGCAGUGAACUCUAGUGACGCGACCACAGUGGAGGACAGUGUGGAGGCUGAGCUGACUUUGAGGGUCUGUUGAAGGCCAGCAGUGAACUCCAGUGACGCGACCACAGUGGAGGACAGUGUAAAGGCUGAGCUGACUUUGAGGGUCUGUUGAAGGCAAGCAGUGAACUCUAGUGAUGUGACUACAGUGGAGGACAGUGUAGAGGCUGAGCUGACUUUGAGGGUCUGUUGAGCCUCCACACUGUGGAGUUUAGGUUGUAUUUUCAUUGUCCUCUUUUAGCCUAUAAGGGAAAUUCCCAUAGUACCACACAACAGAGAGUAUGUAAUAGGAGUGAGAACAGGUCAGACUUCUGUGUUUCAUUAGUAGAUUCUCAUCAUGCUGUAACAAAACUGGGAAAUCUAAACAAGGACAUGAUUGAUGAACGACGAUAGUUGUUCCUGCUCUGCCCAAACAGGAGUUAUGUACUAUAUCUUGUGAUAUCUUUAGUUAUUUUUAAAACCAUUGAUUGUAUUACAUGUCUUUACUCCUGGCUUAAAAUGGUGUGUUUUCCAUACUUUCUAUUGUACAUUGUCCAUAUUUGUUUUGUAGAGUGAUUUAUUAUGACUGGAAAUUACCUUAAGAUUUUAUUUUUAAAUAUGAAAAUGAUAUUGAUGAAUGACCUGUAAAAGUGGAUAAAGUCAAAAAAACAACCUAG